AUGCUUUACUACUCAUUUUUUACUUUCGCCUUAUUCUUGGCCAAUACUGUUGCAACCCUCACUACCGCUGACGCAGGCGUUUCGUCUUCCGUUUCCACUGGUAACCCUUGGGGAGUUCGCACCAAUGGAAGAUAUCCGGACGAAGACCGUGACACCAUCUUUUUGUUUGAUUAUCGCGCACCUGGAAUUAUACAAGGUUGCAACGGCAUACUUAGCUAUUCACUUAAUAGCGAACCAUCUAAUCUCCCUGGCGAAAUGAUUAUGAACAAAGAUUUAUACCCCUGGAGGAAAAUUAGUGAUGGUUAUCGCUACUGGAAGGAGCUGCACCCCAACGACGACGCCUAUAUUUACAUGGUUGACAAAGCUGCCUUUUCAACCAGGUCCCCUGCGGACACUCUCAACACUCAAUACAUGCAAAUCGAAUGGUCAAACUUUAAAGGAUGGGUGCAUCUUGACAAGAAUACGCUCUAUCACGGACAUGUCAUUGGCGGAUAUGUAGAAAAUGAAUUCUAUCAUAAGCCCUAUGCGAUUGUGGGGCCAAAAAAGACACUGGGAAGAUGUCUGGCGAAAAACCCGCGGAUGUCUGAACCUAGACCAGAAAGGAGACUGGAAAGAAGCCUGGCGAUUAAGAGAAAGCCGCUCAUCUCUAAACCUAAAACAGUAAAUAAACUGGAAAGAAAUUUGGCGAGAAAGCCGCUCAUCUCUGAUAAACCUUAA